AUAUUUUCAAAACCUCUUUAUUUUCAUUAUAUAUAUAUAUAUAUAUAUAUAUAUGUACCGCUCUUGUUCUGCUACCAUUUAUUUCCAUGUAUUUUUCAGUGCUUCAAAGUUUGGAGUAAAGGAAGGAGUUCACAGCUCAGAGCUCACAGGUGUUGUUCUACAUUGUAAUUAGUGUAUUCUUGGGAAUAGUUGUGGCUGUGAUCAGACGGCUGAGAAUGGGGUUUGAGGAGAGAUCUGGGGACAGGUGUACGACGCCGAAGCGCCGAGAAUGCCAGAUUCCGGUGGUGGUAGUGUGCCCACCGCCGCCAAAGAAAAAAUCGGCGAGUGGAAUGAAGCGAGACCCACCUAAGAAUGGGUAUUUCCAGCCGCCUGAUCUUGAUGCUAUUUUUACUAUGCCUCCUAGAAGAGAAGCCUGGGCUUAACUUAACGCCGGCUAGCUAGCUGUGUUGUUUCUAUGAAUAUUUUAGAUUAGGGGGUUUUAGGGACUAGAGAGUAGAGAGUAGAGAGUAGAGAGGGGUAUUUCAUUUCAUAUUUGGUAUAGUACUAGUAGAAGUAGUGUUGUUAGGGAAAUGAAGUUCCUAGUUUUCCUCAGAUUUUUACAUUAAUUAAUGAUUAAUUCUUUAGUUUUUCCUUGAUAAA